UAUUUGGAAUUCUCUGUCCUAUUUUCAGCUCAUAUUCUAACCAUUGAUUAUGCCAUGAUUGGAUCUUGGCACGGCGCUCUGCAUGUGUUUUUGUGCUAAUCAGCUGCCCCUAAUCGCCUACCACUCUAGACCAUUCUGCAUUUCUGCUGCUGCUUAGCUCCUGAUACAAAUUUGCACGCUGCCCGGUGAAGAAAUUCAACAAUCGAGGAAGGCAACAAAGGUUUUCUGAACUCUGAGAUUGGCUCGAGCUAGGGAGAGAUCGAUGGGGUGCGUGUCGUCCAAAAUCCUGAGCAAAUCAGGGAGCUUUCAGGAGAAGGUGGUGAGCCAUGGAUUCAAGAGGAGUAACCUGAUCGAGGAGAUCAUCCUGUCCAACCCAAAGAGCAAUGGGGAUCAGUUCUUGGCGCUCCUCCGGGCGUCCAACGCGGCGAAGGACGCCGCCGAUCAGAGCACGGCGACGGCGGCCGCCGAGCAGCUCGUCAAGAUCGAGACGAUCAACGUGUCCGAGCUGCUCGCCGGGCUGGAAGAAGACGACGACGAGGAGGAAGAGCGUAACGGCGGGGAGACGUCUUCGGCUCAGCCGUGCGUGUUUGAUGCCGCGGUGGGGAGGGCGAGGAGCUUCCGCACGGUGGAGGAGUACGACGCGCUGGUGACGCAGAGCGGCUCGCCGGAGCAGGGCACUCCGGCGAAGCAGCGCGAGUCGUCCGAGCGAGAGGUGGAAGCCAGCGCGGCAGCGGCGGGAGCCUGCUCCGCCGAUCAUCAAGACGCAACGAGCGCAGAGCAGUGCAAACCGUCGGAGCAAGAAGAGGCCGCCGCCAGCGGCAGCGGCGGCGGGAACAAGAGGCGCGCGAGGGCGAGGCAACUCGGCGAGCUGAAGGUGCCGACGGCCUUCGACUUCUCCAAGUCCGGCAGCCUGCGUGACUGGCUCCUCCAUGGCGGACAGAUCUUCUCGCCGGGCUCCUACGUCACCCCCAAGUUCGGCACCACCACGGCGGCGCCGCAAGAACGUGGGGUCGAUCACGCCGGCGAGCCGAGGCCGCAGCCACAGCAGCACUCCGUGUUCGAUCCGGAGCUGGUCGCGCAGUUCGAGCAGGCCAUGGAGCGGCUGUCCAAGGACGAGGAGCGCGCCCUGGAGAAGAUCCUGGAGGCCAUGGGAGCGGCGGCGGCGGCGGAGGACGAGGUGGAGAAGGAAGGGACGGCGAGGCUGGAGACGCCAAACGAUCGGCCGGUGAUGUUGUUGCAGGAGUAGGCGACGGUUUUUGUAAGGUUUUUUGCAGCGCGCGUGAUGUAAUUUGCGAAACCUGUAGCUUUUGCAAAAUGUACAUAUGAAUGUUCAGUUGUUCAGUCAUGGUUUGUGCCUGAGUAAAUCCCAGUU